AUUAUCUGUAAGAAUAAUUAUAACAAGCGAUCUCUAUCAAUAGCCUUUUAGUUGUUUCGAUUUUGAUUUUGUAUCAUAUAUUAUUAAGUUUUUUAUUAAUAUAUAAUUUAAAGGCAGAAGAUCUAGAAAAUAAUAAAAUCUAGCAUUCUCGAAUAUUUUAAAAAAAUUCUAAACUUGAAUACAGAAAUUUCAUAACGUAGAAGGAAAAAUAUAAAAUGGAUGAUAAUAGGAGAAGGGGCCAGAGACACCACAUAUUUCUUCUUGGAUUCCUAUGUUUACUUGUAAUAGGUCUACUAACGGGGUUCUUUACCUACUAUUACACCAGGCCUGAGAGGAUGAAAUCCAUAUCGAAAUUUGUCAAACCUGAAAAGCUCCCUAAAUAUUUUGCCAUAGAUAUUGACGGUACAUUCUUCAUAAAAGAUCCUGAGAAAUUUAAGAGGAACAUCGCAGCUUUUAAAAGACUACAGGAUGCCGGAGUCUUACCCUUCUUCUGUACAGGGAGAAGCUAUAACUGUAUGGUUGGAUUGAUCGGAGAAAAAGUGCUUAACGAGUGUGGAUACCGGGGCGUUCCUGGUGUGUACCUAAACGGAGCAGUGGUUUAUAGUCCAGCUGGAAAUGUAAUACAUUCCGCAUCCUUUGGAGAUGCGUUUGUGAAAGCUUUCCAGAAAUUCAUAUCAGGAAAAAACAUUGAUGAUAAGGUAGUAUAUCAGGCUCCUGAAUGUUGUUAUUGUAUUGGAAAUUUUUAUGAAGAAGGGAAGAAAUUCCUGGAAUCGAAAAACCUGUCACUGCCAAUUAAAAUGGAUGAAAAAGACGUGUCUUCUAUAGAUAUAGUGGGAAUCUCGUUACCAGCGAUGAAAGUGGAAUUGGAGAACAUGAAAGAGGGGAAGGAUUAUUUCGCGAGAACUGCAUAUAACUUGAUAACCCAGCUAACGCCUCCUAAGUGUAGCAAAAAAAUUGCUCUUGAGGCGUUAUUAAAAUUUCUACACUCAAGUGGAGAAGAGUGUGCCUACAUUGGCGACGAUUACAACGACGUGGAGCCUAUGGAAUAUUGUUCACUGUCAUUUGCUGUAGCAGAUGCACAGAACGAAGUUAAGGAGAAAGCAAAAUGGAUAACUUCACGAAAACAUGAUGAGUGCGCUUUUGAACAGGUGGUAUCGGCUCUAUUGGAUUAACUGUACAUUAUACACAAAACACAAACACAAUGCAGUUCAUUAAGUUUACUAACAAAAAUUCAACUAAAGGGUAAACUGUUAAAUGGUCAAAUAAAAUUUUAACAUCAGCCUCAACCACCAUAAUUUUGUAGUAGCCCA